AUGCACUGUCUAGAAAAUAAUCACGCGUUCGACUUUGUGCCAGCGGACAAAGGACGGGCAACCGUAGUGCUAGACAAGUCGGAGUACGUUGCCAAAGCGCAGCAGCUACUAAAUGACAACCAAUCGUAUAAAGUCAUCGACGCCGACCCCAUGAAAGCACUUGUGGGCAAGGUCAACAAGAGCCUGAACCAGAUGAGGAACGAAAAGGCAAUAUCAGAAAAGGAUUGGAGACAAAUGAAACCACAAGAUGCUGCCUUAGCGCGCUUUUAUGGUUUGCCAAAAGUCCACAAGCCAAAUGUUCCCCUACGGCCCAUUGUGGCGCUGAAAGGUACGCCUACCUACGGACUGGCUAAAUGGCUCGCUAAACAUUUAAAGGGGCUGACAGAUGGCUCAGAACAUACAGCCGUAUCUUCAACACACUUCCUGGAAAAACUCGAAGGGGUUGCAAUAGCCCCCGACGAAGUAAUGGUAUCCUUUGACGUCGUCUCUCUAUUCACCUCCAUCCCAAAAGAAUUGGCCAUGAAAGUCAUCAAUGACCUACUGGAGAGAAAGUACGACGAAGAGGGGAAACCGUUUAAGCGGAAGCACGUGAUGGAACUAUUGGACUACUGCCUACGCACGUACUUCACUUUUAAUGGUCAAAUUUACGAGCAAAUCCAGGGAACCCCUAUGGGGUCUCCGAUUUCCGGCUAUCUGGCUGAGGCGGUCAUGCAGGAACUGGAAGCUCGAGUCUUUCAGUCCUACAAGCCGAAGUUCUGGAUGCGCUACGUGGACGACACCUUUGUCAUCUUACACCGGGACGCGAAAGACAACUUUAAAAGGCAACUGAACUCGGUCUUCCCACAAAUUCAAUUUACCAUGGAGGAAGAAAAAGACGGAGUGCUUCCUUUCCUCGACGUUCAGGUAACGAGGCAAGAAGACGGAACGCUCCAGACUGGUGUCUUUCGAAAAGCGACAAACACGGAGAUAAUUCUCCACUACAACAGUAACCAUCCCCUGUCGCAUAAACGCAGCUGCGUCCGGACGCUUUUUCGCCGCAUCAACACACACUGCAGCACAGAAGCCGAGAAGCUGCGGGAGCGUGAAACCCUAUGGCACCUCUUCCUGGCCAAUGGAUAUCCGCGCAGUUUCGUAAACAAAUGCUUAUACCAAAGACAUACGAGGGCCGACCGUGAGAACACACAAAGGCCUACAACCUUCCGCGUUCUGCCUUACGUGAGAAACGUAUCCGAAGCCACUGAGCGCAUGCUAAGGCCACUAAGCGUGGGCGUUGGACACCGACCGGAGGCCACCACCCGCCGCAUACUCAUGCAGGCCAAGGGCCGGCUACCACCUGCAGACACGUCAGGCGUCAUUUACCGCGUCAAAUGUCUAGACUGUCUGGCCAACUACUGCGGCAUGACGGACAAACGUCUGCGCACGCGCGUGCACGAGCACGCCUUAGCCGUAAAGCGAAAGGAUGUACAUUCGCACGUCGCCAUGCACUGUCUAGAAAAUAAUCACGCGUUCGACUUUGACGGUGCCCAAGUACUCGGCCGAGCCGAAAUCAAGCUGGCGAGAGAAGUAAUCGAAGCCUGGCAAUCAGACGCCAACUCGAUUAACCGCAGUAUUGACCUACCAGCGCCAUACGAGGCCAUCAGGCGCCACUUGCACGCCAGAGGAGGGCCAAUAAGAGGAGAGCGGGAUCGACUUAUCAGGCGCGAGCACGAAUGGCCUAUUUAA